AAUAGAAAACAGUAGGCCAAUGCUUCAGCUACAAAUCAUAUUUCGUCAAGGCAACCUAUGAUGCCGGAAAUUUCGUAAAUUUAUCGUGCUCCCAAUCCAAUCCUUCCAAUCAAAAACUCAACGUAAGUAAAAUGUCCGGCCGAAAGGAAGUUAAAUCCUUGCUCCAAUUGGGGUACGACCCGAACCACACGGAACACUGGGACAAGAUCGACUUCGACGACAAACUCAAUCACCUCGACCUGAUCGAUCAACGUUUGAAGAACUUCAGCAAACCGAACAUCCAGAUACGGAUCGGUGACACUGUUUUCGAUUGUCACGCGCUGCUGCUCCAGUGCUACUCGGAGAUGUUCGAUGAGUUGGACAACGAACGAGCUGUGCAGCUGCCGGAAGAAAAGGUUUCGCCGCAAGCAUUCCAGAUCAUCUACGAGUGGAUGCUGUCGUCCAAGGCGGACAUUCAGCGGGAACACUUUGUGGAGGUGUUUGUGGCGGCGGAAUAUCUAAGGAUCAAACAUCUCACCGAUCAGUGCUGGAUAUGUAUGGAUAGUACCGAAGCGUUGAUGGAAGAUCGUGCCUUCCUGCUGUACAUCGAAGCCGCACGGCAUCAGCAAACCAUUCUGAAGAACAUGCUCCUGAAAAGGAUUUGCGCGUUUUUUCUUCCGCUGGUAGCUACCACCGAGUUCACCCAAAUGCCCCUGGAAGACCUAUGUUUGCUACUGAAGUCAAGCUACAUCGGAGUAUUUUCCGAGACGGACGUUUUCUACGCGGCUUGCGUUUGGCUGCUGGAGGACUGGGAUAACCGACAUGAAUCCGUUAGCGACGUAAUGAACCUGGUACGGUUCGCGUUGAUUCGUCCAAGCUUGUUGGCUCAGUUGAACAGCUUCGAUGCGGACGAACGGAUUCACUGUAUCCUGAGGAACGAAACCACUAAGUAUCUGGUGGCGCAAGCUUUGAAUUAUGCAUUUUCGAGCAAUUCGUUCUCGGAGUUGCCGGUUCACCAUCGCAGAAUGAAACGCCUAGAGAUGCAGAAGCCUGCCGAUCGAACCUGGCUGGAAGAUCCGUGCGUUUCUGAAGAGGACGGUGAAUUGGGCGUUGUUUGCUUCGCAUUGGAUGACUAUGGGUACGAUGCAUUUCUGGAGCGGCUUGCCCAUUUGAGUAGGGAUCGCGACUGUUGGAAACGGUGGAAAAAGGCGGUUAUAAGUGCCGCAACACUCCUUAUGUCGAGUAUGAGUCAAUCCCGGAGUCCUAGUUACGAACGUGAGGAAGUUCUUAUGUAAGGAGAGCAAGGGCUGGUUGAGAAGCAUUUGCAAAAUGCAAAUUCUAUGUAUACGUUUAGCGAAAUUUGAGGCCAAUAUGUCACCUCUUUUUUCCAUUGCCACUAGUAAAUUAUUUCUCAUUUUGAGUUUUAAAUCUAAA